GUCCCGGCCCUGCUGGACCCGGCUCAUAGAUGAAAGCCGCUCCGGAGAGGCUCGUUCUCCGUCCGACAGGCAGCCCGUCAGUCUGCGGCGCACGGCGCAACACCGGCGACCAUGUCGGACGUCUCCACUGACCUCAGCAACGACACGCUGCCGGCGGCUGCGGUCACGAACUACAACUUCCCAGCGCUCAUAUUCGGGAUCUUGCUGAUUGUGAUCGUCACCGGGGGGAACGUGCUCGUGUGCCUCAGCGUGUACCUGGAGAAGGCUUUAAAAACGACUACGAACUACUUCAUAGUCAGCCUGGCGUUUGCAGACCUGCUGCUGGCAGUGCUGGUUCUGCCGCUCUUCGUUUACGCAGAGUUUCAGGGUGGAGUUUGGUCCUUGAACAUGCUGAUGUGCGACAGCCUGAUGACCAUGGACGUGAUGCUGUGCACUGCGUCCAUAUUCAACCUCUGCGCCAUCAGCGUGGACAGGUUCAUUGCAGUGUCCAUUCCCCUGAACUACAACCGGAAACACGUGGACCAUCGUCAGCUCGUCCUGCUGUCGGCCACCUGGCUGCUGGCCCUGGCUGUGGCCUCGCCGGUCAUCUUUGGUAUCAACAACGUGCCCAACCGCGACCCCAGCGAGUGCAAACUGGAGGACAACAACUACGUGGUUUAUUCGUCCGUGUGCUCCUUUUUCAUCCCCUGCCCCAUCAUGGUCCUGCUCUACUUUGGAGUUUUCCGCGGCCUGCAGCGCUGGGAGGAAGCUCGUAAGGUCAAACUGCGCAGCAGCAUCGAGGCCUGCAGGAAGCUGCAGCACGCAGCCGUCGCCACCGCCCUGCACCCGCUGGCGGGCACCAUCCCCGGGCCUCUGCCCAUGCCUCUGCCCAGAAUCAUCGAGAGGGACUUGGCCCAGUCCCGGAUGGACGACACCGACGAUUACAUGCAGCAGGAGAUUCCCUACCCUCGGCAGUACAGGGAAAACUCGGUGCCCACAGUGACGCUCAGCCAGCAGCUGCAGAGGAAGAAGAGGGCCAAGAUCAACAACAGGGAGAGGAAAGCUAUGAGGGUGCUACCUGUCGUCGUAGGUUGCUUCCUGUUCUGCUGGACUCCGUUCUUCGUGGUCCACACGACGCGAGCCCUGUGUCUGACGUGCAACAUCCCCCCGAGCCUGAUGAGCACCGUCACCUGGCUGGGCUACGUCAACAGCGCUCUCAACCCCAUCAUAUACACCAUCUUCAACGCAGAGUUCAAGAAGUUCUUCAAGAAAUGUUUCCGCAGCUGCUGCUGACACCGGAUUUCCCUGCCCGGACGCUAAAAGGAAGGAGCCGGACGGCUAACAGCGUACGAUGACUGAUCGGGAAGUCUGAGGCUUCCAGUUCAUCUCCGAGCUGCCAGCUGGAUGUGGAUGGUUGACAGGAAAAGCACACAUUCAAACAGUGCAAACACAUAACUGAUGUUAUGCUGCAUUUCUGGUCCAUACUGUCGUUUGGUGAUGUACGUUCUUGAUCCUCUGGGAUUACUGCCCAAAGAAAAUGUUGGGGCAGAAACACACAAACUGCCUGACUGAGAGGAGCUUUUCACCCCUUUCACUUUGU